CUUUCAAAUAAUAAGAUUGAAGGAAGAAUUCCUGAUUGGACAUGGUCUACUUGGAAUUUUUCAAUGAGAUAUCUUAAUAUAUCCCACAAUAUGUUGAUGAGUGUGGAUUCAAUUCCUCUUCAAUCUCUAGAUACUAUUGAUUUGCGGUCCAAUUUGCUUCAAGGUUCACUACCUAUUCCACCAAAUUCCACAACAUACUUCUUCAUAUCCCAUAAUAAUCUCACUGAAGAAAUUCCUUCCUCUAUUUGCAAUUUGACAUCACUGGUAAUACUAGAUUUGGCCAAAAACAAUUUGAAGGGAGCAAUUCCGCAAUGUUUGGGUAAUAUUAGUGGCCUCCAGGUUCUGGAUAUGCACAACAACAAACUUUCUGGGACUCUUCCAACAAUUUUCAGUAAUGGAAGUUCACUGAGAAGCCUCAACUUGCAUGGAAAUAAACUAGAGGGGAAAAUUCCCCAAUCUUUGGCCAAUUGCAAAGAGUUGCAGAUCCUUGAUUUAGGAGAUAAUCAUCUCAACGACACAUUUCCGAUGUGGUUGGGAACUCUUCCAAAGUUGCAAGUUUUAAGCUUGAGAUCCAAUGGAUUGCAUGGGUCCAUUAGAACUCCAACGAUUGAAAACAUAUUUCCUAAUCUUCGAAUGUUAGAUCUCUCUUCCAAUGCCUUCACCGAAAACUUACCAACUGGUCUGUUUCAACAUCUGAAAGCUAUGAGGGCAAUUGAUCCAUCAAAGAAGGCACCAACACCAAGGUAUGGAUAUUACCAAGACUCAAUAGUUGUGGUAACAAAGGGAUUGGAGCUUGUAGUCGAGAGAAUCUUGUUUUUGUACACCACUAUCGAUCUUUCAAACAACAAAUUCAAAGGACAUAUUCCUAGUGGUAUAGGUGAUCUCAUCGCGCUUUGUGUGCUGAAUAUUUCUCAUAAUGGAUUCCAAGGUCAUAUACCAUCAUCACUUGGAAAUUUAUCUGUUGUCGAAUCAUUGGACCUUUCAUUUAACCAGCUUUCGGGAGAGAUACCACAACAACUCGCUUCUAUUACAUCUCUUGCAGUCUUAAAGCUCUCACACAAUCAUCUAGAAGGAUGCAUCCCAAAAGGACCUCAAUUCGAUACAUUUGAGAAGAAUUCAUAUGAAGGUAAUGAUGGACUACGUGGAUUACCUGUUUCAAAAGGUUGUGGAAGUAGCAGGAUGCCAGAGACAGACAACACAACACAUAUGCUGGAUGAAGUAAGCAAAUCUACAUUUCUGAGUGAAUUUUGGAAUGGGAUUCUUAUGGGAUAUGGAAGUGGACUUAUUAUUGGAUUCUCCAUAGCAUAUUUCAUGCUUUCGAGUCGAAAUUCCAAUUGGCUUUCUAGGAUUGCUGAAGAACUUGAAUACAGAAUCGUUAUGAGAAGGCGAAAGAAGAAGCAAGGCCAUCACAGAAGAUGAAAUAAUUGAAUUGGUGUUGUGUUAGAAUCUCUCAUAGACUCAUAGCCAUAUUUAACUUUCUCAACAUUUUAAGAAACUAAAUAACAAA